AAGUUCUCAUCACUUCCGGAAGAUGAUCAUAAGACAGGAGGCCGACCACACACACACACAACGGUCACGCGUACUCUAAAGGAAAGGCGAGCAAAGUCCUCGCGAAGCGGCAGUGUGUCCUCAAAGUUCCCAUCACUUUCAGAAGAUGAUCAUAAGACAGGAGGCAAAGGAAAUAGGGACACCUCAAGAGGUAUGUCUUUGCAUCGCACAGUCAAAGAGAAGGGUACAAGUGCUAAAGAUGGAGGUGUCCUUCCACCUUUGUCACCAAGCUUCAACCUCACUUUGCCCAAAGCUCACAAAGAAGGGGCACAUGACACCUACCCAAGGACCCUGGCUGUCUCCUCUGAAAGCUCUGCCUUCUCAGGGAAUGUUGAGGACCAUGGAGAGGUUGCCUGGAAGCCAGGCUUGGAAGGUGCAGCAGCAUCCUCCAGUGCCCCUAACCAGAGGCGGUGUUAUUCACUCGGUCUGGCAAAUAGAAAAAGGAAGCUGCAGGUGACAGAGUUUGAGAAAGGGCUGCAAGAACUUCAACCUUCAGUCAACUCAAAGGCUAUUAACCCCACCACCACUAUUAAAAAGAAUGCCAACAAAGAAAUGGGACAAGUGGCAAGCAUGGGUUUUCCACAAGGGCCUUGUCCCAUUGAAGGAGGAAUGAUGGUCUGGUUUAAAUUUCAGAAUCACCCAUUUUGGCCUGCAGUGGUAAAGAGUGUCAGCCAAACAGAGCAGACUGCAAGGGUGCUUUUGGUUGAGGCAAACAUGCACUGUGAAAUGAGUGGCAUUCGAGUUCCUCUUCGAAGAUUAAAGCACCUGGAUUGUAAAGAGAAAGAAAAACUAAUAAAGAGAGCCAGGAAAUUGUAUGAGCAAAGUGUGAACUGGUGCCUCUCCCUGAUUGCCCACUACAGAGAAAGGCUCAGGCGAGGUUCUUUUGCAGGCAGUUUCCUGGACUAUUAUGCUGCUGACAUCAGUUACCCAAUUAGGAAAGCCAUCCAAGACAGGGAUCUGGAGAUUGAUUUCCCAAAGGUGAAUUAUGCCGACCUGGAAGAUUCUGAGGAGGAGACCUCCCUGGACGGGAAGAAGCCCUGCAAGAAAAUUCUCCCUGACCGGAUGAAGGCUGCUCGGGACCGAGCCAACCAGAAGCUAGUGGACUUCAUCGUGAAAACAAAGGGGGCCGAUCACCAUCUUCUGGACAUUGUCCAAGGCAGGAAACAGUCCAGGUGGCUGGUAUCAUUUAGGAAUUCGAGCAGGUUCGUGAUCUGCGUUGAAACAUACCUGGAGGACGAAGACCAGUUGGAUGUGGUGGUAAGACAUUUACAAGAAAUCUACAAACAAAUAGACAAGAAAACGCUGAAUCUGGUAAGGGAUGACAAAGUGAGUUUUGUUCUGGAAGUUCUUCUGCCAGAAGCAAUCAUUUGUUCAAUUGCUGCACUUGAUGGAUUAGAUUACAAGGAGGCAGAAAAAAAGUACCUACAGGGGCCACCUGUGCAUUACCGGGAAAAAGAGCUAUUUGAUAAAAAUAUCCUAAAGAAAAUAAGAAAGAGAUAAGCAACAAGGAGCAAGACUAAUUAACUCCCCCUGUACCCACACUUUAGCAGGAAGACCUCUCAUUACCCUGUCUGUAUGAAAUGUGUGAUCGUUCCGCUCUCUAUGGCAUGCAAAUAUGUUCUGGAAAUUUGAGACCUUGGGAAUAUGCUGGAUUCAUUUUGGAUCCAUCUCUAGCACUUGUGGGUAGCACGGUCAUCAUCUUUUCUAGUACCCAAAUGCCUCACAAACUAAUUUGUUAAAAUAUUGCAAACAGUUGUACUUCCCUCUACUUGCUUGGAUGUGUAACUGUCCAGAUGUUUUCCUAACAUGGCUUUUAACCGUACUUCAUAUUUUAAUAUAGCACACACACAUUAUUUUAUUACAUGAAAGAGCACUGGUAUCAAACAUUAAGCAACAAUCAUUUUUAAAAUCCAAGAUAGUGAUUUGUGUGUGUGCAAAAUUUUCAAGAGUUAGCUGUUUUGAUUCACAAUAAAACCACUGUAUCUUUCACCUUGAA